AUGUCCGACGUAGAGUGGGAUGCUGACGACUUCGAGCCCCCCAAGGUGGCUCCAGCACUGCCCACAGACAAGUGGGAUGAGGACGAGGAGGAUGACAUUAAGGACAACUGGGAUGAUGAGGAAGAAGAGAGAAAAGAGGCCACAAUAGACACUACCACAGCCCAAGUUAAAAAGAAAAAGAAGAAAUUAUCAGAAAUUAUUGCUGAGAAAGAGGCAAAACAUAUAGAGGAAAGUGAGAAACGGAGGAAAGAAGCAGAGGAAAAAGCAAGAUCACAGACAGCAGAAGGAAUAUUGGCAGAAAAAAUGAGACUUCAACAAAUCCAAGAAGCUGCAGAUUUACAACUUGCAAAUGACCUUGUUGGGACUGGUAGCAAUACUGAAGAAGACAAUAAGCUGUUGGAUAAUAUUGACCUGUCAAGUAGUGAUGGUUUGACUUCUUUUAGAAAAGCAUUGAUAUUCAAGAUUAGAUCGACGGAGCGAUUAGAAAAGCGGCCGAUCUUCGUUACUUUUGUGGAAGAUGUUUGUCGAGACCUAUGCCAGAACCUGGAGAUGGAGGAAGUGAAGAGAGUAUCAUCAGUCAUUACCUCUCUCUACAAUGAGAAAGUUAAAGCCAGCAAACCCAAAAGCAAGAAGAAAGCUGGUGGAAAGGCAAAACUCAAUGUUGGACAGGGUGCCCUUGUUGAUGAUAUAAGCAAUGACUUCGGUGGUUACAAUGAAUAUGACGAUUUCAUAUAGUGUAUUAUUAUAAUAGACAUCAAUUAUUAUUGUUUGGCUUCCUAUGAGCUUUUAUUUGUACAUACACACUCCCAGUGCUUUAUAUUCUGAGUGGAAACCUUGUAGGGUAAAAUCUGGAUCAAUCGGGAAUAAAAUACAAGAGUCAUACAUAUUUCCAUGUAUUUUUCACAUUUUUAGUCCUGUAUUGCCAUAAAUGCAAGUGAUAGUUGCUGAUGCUUAUUUGCAUCCUAUGUCCACCAACAUCACUUGAUGUGGAGACACAUGCCUACCCCCAUGCUUCCCACUUACCAUAUAACCUGUUUGAACAUUAUUUUAAAAGAAUAUCUUAUUGCCAUGAUAGGCAACAGUAUAAUUGUUAUUGCUAAAGUUUAAUCUGUAUUCAAAUUGCAGUCUAUUGAUAAAAAUUGUUUUAAAAUGAAUAGGCAGCCUGGGUGUUUUUUGUACUGAUCAGGAUGUUUGGUUUAAAUUUUGCUAUCUGCUCCUGCAGAAUAGACUGUCAUACUAUUGGAAAUCAAAAUUCAAAGCUAUUAUUUGGUGUUACAACUUGUGGCCUUAAAUUUUCUCCUGUGAUUGGCCGUUUUUGACAGUUACAUUUAGCUCGGCUCUUCACAUUCUAACCAUUCCUCUUCACCUUUUAUAAGCAGCUUCAAAAUUGGCCACUUUUUUAGGAUUGUUCAUAGUUUUUCUUUGCUUCGGAAAGAACGACAGGUUUAUGUUUAGGUAUAAUUUACUAAUAAACAUGUUUGUUA